AUCUGAAGCGUGUGUGUGCAUGUGUGUGUUUAUAAAGUUGUUGAAGAAUGGCUGUAAUGAAGAGAGGUCCGGCAUGCAGGCUGCUGUUUCUCAACCAGCAUUAAGGUGUUGUAUCCAACGGUUCAUUUGCACUUGAAGGAAAUUUCACCAUACGCAGUAAAAUAAAAAAUAGUUUGUUGUGAGAGAUGACGUCGGAGGGGAAGUAUGCAGACAUCAUGCAGGACCCUCUGUUCAUCCAGGAGAGCGACGAGGUGUACAGGAACCCCACGGAGGUGAAGAUGAGUCAGAUCGUGCUGCCGUGCCACGCCAAUCACUGCGGAGAGCUGAGCGUCGGCCAGCUGCUGAAGUGGAUGGACUCCACAGCCUGCUUGUCUGCUGAGAGACAUGCAGGUUGUUCCUGUGUCACUGCAUCUGUGGACGACAUCCUUUUUGAACACACCAUAGGGGUGGGAAAUGUAGUCAACAUCAUAGCAAAGGUCAACCGAGCCUUCACAUCCAGCAUGGAGGUGGGUAUUGUGGUGAAUUGCGAGGACCUUUACGCUGACAGGCAGUGGAAGGUUUGCCAUGCCUUUGCCACCUUUGUUGCCCGACGAACUGGAGCUGGGAAGGUUCAGCUGAAGCAGGUGCUCCCUCACACACAGAUGGAGCAGAUGGAGUACAGCCUGGCAGCAGAGCGGAGGAGGAUGAGGCUGAUCCACGCUGAGACCAUUACAGACCUACUGAACAGCAGCACAGCGCAACUGGGAGAAUGUCAGGAGUACCAGGACGCUGUGCCAGCUGAGCGGACCCGGGUGGAGAGUGUGGAGCUGGUGCUGCCGCCACAUGCUAACCAUCAGGUCAGCACCUUCGGAGGACAGAUCAUGGCCUGGAUGGAGAAUGUAGCUACAAUUGCAGCAAGUCGCUUGUGUAACGCUCACCCGACCUUGAGGUCCAUAGACAUGUUCCAUUUCCGUGGUCCGUCUCACAUUGGUGACAGACUGGUACUGAAAGCCAUUGUGAACAAUACCUUCAAGCAAAGCAUGGAGGUGGGGGUGUGUGCUGAGGCCUACAAGGGUGGGGAACCUCUCCGCCAUAUAAAUAGUGCCUUUAUGACCUUUGAGGUGCUGGACAGUGACAGGAAACCGUGCACGGUGCCACGGAUACGACCUGAGCCUGUGGAUGGAAAAAGACGAUAUCAAGAAGCUGUUGCCAGAAGGAAGAUUCGCCUUGACCGGAAAUACAUCCUCUCCUGCAAGCAAGCUGAAGUCCCCGUCUCUGUGCCCUGGGAGCCAAGUAACCAGAUGUACCUGAGCUUCAAUAAUGUAACCGCACUGAAACUAAUGGAUACCAGAAACAACUGGGUAUUGACUUCUGAGAAAAACAAGGUCAGACUGUACACGCUGGAGGAAAACCACAUGCUCUGUUUCAAGGUGGAGAUGAACGUCAGCGUAGCAGCUGAGCAGACGUUCCACCUCCUGUCAGACCUGAGGAGGAGAAAGGAGUGGGACCCGCUCUAUGAGGAGUGUGAGUAUAUCAACCAGGCAGAUGAGGAGGACACUCUUUAUCGCGUGGCCACACCGUCCAUCAGCAAACGGGGGAAAGGCCAGGACUUUAUCUUGCUGGCAUCUAGGAGGAUGCCAUGUGACGCCAGGGACCCAUAUCUGAUCGCUCUGCGCUCUGUCACUCUGCCUACUCACCCCCCCACGGAGGACUACACCAGAGGAGAAGUGCUCUGCGCCGGCUUCACAAUCUGGGAAGAGUCCAGCACUGUCACCAAGAUCACCUACUACAACCAGGCCACUCCGGGUGUCCUCCCCUACAUCUCCACAGACAUCGCAGGACUCUCCUCCAGUUUUUCCAGCACUUUCUCAGCCUGUAGUCACUUCCUGGAGGCCAACAAGGACAGCCCGGCUGCUCUGCCUCUGUCUGCACUGACACACAGGAUGGCCUCCCUACAGGUGGACCAGAAGCACCAGCAGGAAGGAUUAGCAUGAAGUCUCACACAUACUUGAAUGUACUGUACGUGUCCUACCCUGAGAUUACAAAUAUAUUGUCAAUUGGUUUGUAUGUUCUUUAAAGUCCAACUGUUUGACUUUGUUUAUUCUGAAAAUGAGAAUAGUUCUCUCGAAAUAAUAACAUUGUAUUCAUGUUUUAGGUCUUGCAACUUGUUUUAAGCAAGAUGAAUAGGUAUGAAGCAAGAGUGCACAAUGCGUCUGAGCCGUUCUUGGAUUAUAAGACUUACGUUUUCUUAGAGCUAAUAUAUAAGGAAAACCUACUGUACUAUACUAAUUUAUAGAUCAAUUAAUCAUAUUUUGAUUUAAGUAUUUAACACAAUCUUUGCAAUGUAUAAUCGUGAGAAAGCCAUGUUUAUUAUGGUAUUGCCAGUCUUUUAGUCUAAACUGUGAUGUGUCAAUCAGCCUCUUGUUAUAGGUUAUUUUCUACCUCCUGAAUAAAGUGUUUCAAUUAUUUGAUCAAGA